AACAUGAGUUGGAGUUUCCUAACACGUCUUCUGGAGGAAAUCCACAACCAUUCCACCUUUGUUGGUAAACUGUGGCUGACUAUCCUCAUUAUAUUCCGCAUUGUGCUGACUGUGGUUGGUGGGGAGUCUAUUUACUAUGAUGAACAGACCAAGUUUGUUUGCAAUACUGGACAACCAGGCUGCGAGAAUGUUUGCUACGAUGCCUUUGCUCCAUUAUCCCAUGUGAGGUUUUGGGUGUUCCAGAUAAUACUCAUUGUGACCCCGUCCAUUCUAUACCUGGCUUAUGCUGUACACAAGAUUGCUGCAUUAGAAGAACCUGAGUGUGGAGCCAGAAAGCCAAAGAAGCUUCAGUAUGCAGUGCAGUUGAAGCAACAUCGUGCUUUGGAGGAGGCAGAGGAUGAUAACAUUGAGGAUCCUAUAUUAUAUCCAGAAAUAGAAGUACGUAGUGAUAAAGAAAACAGAGAUCAAAAGAACUUGAACAAGCAUGAUGGAAGGCGCCACAUUAAAAGAGAUGGUCUUAUGAAAAUCUAUGUUCUCCAGUUGAUUGUAAGAACUGUGUUUGAGUUGAGUUUUCUUGUGGGCCAGUAUAUGCUGUAUGGCUUUGAAGUGGCAGCAAGGUACAAGUGCGCCCGGGAUCCAUGUCCGCAUCAGGUAGAUUGCUUUGUAUCCAGACCAACUGAAAAGACUAUUUUUCUGCUAAUAAUGUAUGGAGUAAGUGGCCUCUGUUUACUUGUGGAUAUCUGGGAGAUGAUUCAUUUGGGAUUUGGAAUGAUAAGGGAUAUGUUAAAAAAUAAACAAAACUCUAUAGCAGAGACUAGUUACAGUCUACACAAUACUUGGAAUGCUCCUUCAGCUCCUCCAGGUUAUAAUAUUGCAGUCAAAUCAGACCACAUUCCAUACACUGAGAUUGCCAAUGCCAAAAUGGCUUACAAACAAAACAAGGCAAUUAUUGUGCAGGAGCAGCAAUAUGGCAGCAAUGAUGAAAAUGUCCCAGUCAACUUGGAAUGUGUGCAACAACAGUUAAAAUUGGCCCAGGAGCAGUUGGACCUGGCUUUUCAGGCUUAUAAUGAUCAUAAUCAUCCUCCAAACCAUUUAAGAGAAAAGAAGAAGGCAGGAUUAAACAAAAGUAGCGCCAGCAGCAAAUCUGGAGAUGGGAAAACCUCGGUUUGGAUUUGAUAAGUUUGUUUCUCUUAGUCAGAUACAAACUUGUCUA